AUGGAAGAGAUGAAGGACAUCUCCAUGGCGGGCCUCCGUUCUAUGUUUUACAUGGUCACACCUAACGAGUCAUCUUUCCAACAUGUCGAGGAGGUCCCGAAGUACACGAGCCAGGCCUCCCCAUUCUUCAUCACCCUGAUACUGCUGGAGCUGGUGGUGGGAUGGAUCAAGACGGGAAAGCCCAUCGGCUCCAUCAGUGACGGCAUCACGUCUAUAUUCGCCGGAAUAAUCUCCCGGCUGCCAUCGUUGUUCAUGAGGGGCUUGGAGCUGACGACCUACAUCUUCGUGUGGAACCACUUCCGCAUGGUGGUGCUGCCCUGGGACUCUCCCUGGACCUGGUGGCUGGCCUUCCUGGCCGUAGACUUUGGCUACUACUGGGUCCACCGCUCCUCCCAUGAGGUGUCCUUCAUGUGGGCAGCCCACCAGGUGCACCACAGUUCAGAGUACUACAACCUGUCCACAGCGCUACGACAAUCCCUGGUUCAUCACUUUCUCUCAUGGGUGUUCUACCUGCCCAUGGCACUGGCCGUUCCCCCUUCCGUGUUCGCCGUCCACAUCGAAUUCAAUCUCCUCUACCAGUUCUGGAUCCACACCGAGGUGAUCAAGGACCUGGGCCCCCUGGAAUGGAUCCUUAACACCCCCAGUCAUCACAGAGUUCACCAUGGACGUAAUCUGUACUGCAUUGACAAGAACUACGGAGGAGUGCUGAUUGUAUGGGACCGACUGUUUGGUACGUUCACCCCUGAGAAAGACAAGGUGGUGUACGGCCUUGUGUUUCCCAUCAAAACAUAUGAAUCCCUCAACAUUCAGUUCCACUACUAUCGGUAUUUGUGGAGAAAAGCCAGCCGCUUCAAUACAUUAAGUGAGAAGCUGUCGACAUUUUCCAACGGACCGAGUUGGAAACCUGGCAAACCGAGACUGGGCGAUCACGAACAAGUCCCUCAUUUAACUGGGAAGGAGCUGCCUCUUGAUCGUCAGUUAUCCCUGGCUGCACGCCUCUACCUGGUCAUCCACUUCCUGCUGGUCCUGGGCCUGUACUUCAAAGUCAAAACGAUGCAGAGCCAGCUCACUGUGCUGGCCAUGAUCGGAUACAUGCUGCUCACCUUCACCUCGCUUGGUCACCUCAUGGACCGCAGGCCGAAGGCGGCCGUUUGGGAGAUGCUUCGCUGCGCUGUCAUGCUGGCGAUGCAGAGCUACGGCUACAUGGAGGCCAUCGUGCCUGCACUGACCAUACCGGCCAAGGCCUUUGUCUCCCUCUGUCUGCUGUUCUGGGUACUGCACAAUGGCUCCCAGCUGGUCCGCAUCAAGAACAAGUCCAACUGAUUCCAAUCACACACCUGGAUAAUGUGCUUGGACUGUAAGGGUACAUAUAUAUUUAAUAUACCAUAACUUAAACAUAAUGCUACAAUAUAACCUCCUAACCAGUGUGGAUUCAAUUAUUGUUAUCUUUAUUAAUACGGAGUAUAAUGAGUGGAUUAUCUUUAUACAAUAACUGUAUUAAUGUGUAUAAGUGUCAAUGGUGCAUAUGGUACAUAUCAUUUAUUUGUACUUAAAUAGAAUGAAAAGUAUGAUUCUGAUCGCUUAACAUUGUUAAGCCUGCUAACUACAUCAAAAUGAAUACGUAUUUGAACUUGUUGUUGUGAAUGAAGUAAUGAAAUGCAGUCAAAUCACUGUGAUUACACUGUAAGAUAUACAGGGAAAUAGGAACAUUUGAAAUAUAAUGUGAUGAUAUUGAUUUAGCCUCAUAGGUUUGGAUGCCUCCAAGUGUCCAGUUAUUUCUAGGAUUGUUGAAGCCAGUAUGGAUAAUAGUGUUGAUCUUAACAUCUUAAACUUUUGAUUUGCCAUAGAACCU